GGGGCGCCCCACUUCAGUACCUCCGAGGGAGGAGGCAGUCUAGUGAAAUGUGGAGUACUGUAUUGAAAGGAGCUGGACGGACGGAGGGGGUCGGAGGAAGCAGAGUGGGUUGGUUCGUGGCCAAGACAUUCACACGUGACAAAGAUCUCGCGUCAAGUGGAAUGAAGUUACCAAAUACUUUCGAGCAGAAAUGCCAAGAAAGAAACACAGGCAACAUUUCAAGAAAUACGGGAAUUGUUUCACUGCAGCAGAGGCAAUCAGCUGGCUUCAUGAACUGCUUAGAAAGAACAGUAAUUUUGGUCCAGAGGUUACUAGGCAGCAAACUAUUCAGCUGUUAAGGAAGUUUCUCAAAAAUCAUGUGAUUGAGGAUGUAAAAGGAAGAUGGGGCUCUGAAAAUCUAGAUGACAACCAGAACUUGUAUAGAUUUCCUCCAGCUUCUCCAGUUAAAAUUCUGCCACGCCGGUGUCCAUUGCGUGAAAAUGCAGAAAAUAUACCUAAAGAAACAGAAAGUGUAUUUAAAUUGUCAAAUUAUUCCCGGAGGACUCCCAAAAAGUAUGAUUUUCAGGAAUAUCAGGAGAACACAGAAAAUAUAAAAGGUGAAACAAUGCAGAUGGGUACGGAAAAGACAGCACAUAUCAGGCAAAUAACUCCAGCUGACAUAGAAGAAAUUUGGAGAAGCAUUAUUAUGUUACAUUUGCAGACUAUUUUAGGUAUACCAUCAUUGGAAGAAGUUCUGGACCCAGCUCAAGUAAUUCCACAAUAUAUAAUAUACAACAUGACUAAUACAAGUAAACGUGGUGUCGUUCUUCUGCAAGAAAAAUCAGAAGAUCUCCCUCACUGGGUACUGUCAGCUAUGAAGUGUUUGGCAAACUGGCCUAGAAGUAUUGAUAUGAACCAACCAACAUAUGCGGGUUUUGAACGAGAUGUCUUCAAAACAGUUGCUGAUUAUUUUCUUAAACUUCCCGAACCUUUGCUUACUUUUCAGUACUAUGAAUUAUUUGCGAACAUCUUAGUUUUGUGUGGCUACAUCACAAUUCCAAAUAAAUCCAGUGGAAAAUCUGGCACCCAGAAUGACCCCGAGCUCUCAAAAACUCCCCAUUUAAACUCUUUCAAGUCAACUGAAUGCCUCCUGCUAAGUUUGCUCCGGUGUGAGACUGACCAAAGAGAUGGAUCUCAAACUACUGAAGUUAUUUCUAAAAAUUGUACAGCUGAAAAGGGGUGUAACAUAAGGUUGCAGCGUGGUAAUGUGCUAUUUAUGGGUGGCAGUUGUCAGAAUAUUUCAAGACCGCAAAAUGAACAAACUCUGCCUCCAAGACUUCAGGCAAGGUGCUACUCUUUGGAGGGAAUUGCAGAUACGGUCUCAAGCACGGAUAUUAACGAUGGACGGAAAACCCUGUCUCAAGCUGGAGUUCACAAAAUGCCCUUCGCAUGUCACGAAAACCCACUGUUGCAUCCCAAGCCAAAUUCUUUGUUGAAUGUUUGCUUAAAUAAUGUUAGCCAAAAACAAGUACAAAGUUUCAAGACAGUUUCUGCAUCAAGUUUUCCAGAUCAAGAGCUAACUACUACAAACUACAAAUCAAACCAGCUGCGCAGGUCUCAGAGUUUAUGUGGAAAUAGCAAGUGCAGUUGGUGUGGCAUACAUGCUCCAGUUGCAGAGAUCACAGUGAAACCACACCCUGUAGGUUCUUUUGGUCAAAAAUUUCAAAGCAAUAUUAAAGGGGUCGCUCAGAUGGGAAGUAAACCAAGGGAUUCUGAUAUGGCCAUCAAUAAAAGACUCAGCAAAAGUGCAACCCAACUUUCAGAAAGCACGUUUUCUCCCAGUUCCUUUAUGUUGGCUGGCACAUCACAACUGUUACAACCUCAUUUAGAAAGAGUUGCUAUUGAAGCACUGCAGAUCUGUUGCCUUCUACUUCCACCACCAAAUCGCCGAAAACUUCAACUUCUAAUGCGCAUGAUAUCUCGCAUGAGCGAAAAUGUUGAUAUGCCAAGACUUCAUGAUGCAAUGGGCAACAGGUCUUUGAUGAUACAAACAUUUUCUCGAUGUAUCUUGUGUUGUGAAGAAGAAGUAGACCUUGAUGAGUUGCUGGCUGUAAGGCUUGUUUCAUUUCUAAUGGAUCAUCAUCAAGAAAUUCUAGAUAUCCCAAGUUAUUUACAGGUUGCCGUGCAAGACCACUUAGAAACACUAAAAACCACUGAGAUUGAAUGUUUAGGGGAUGAAUUGAGCACCAUCUUCCCCACUUACUCCUUUUGCAGGAGGAUUACAUCUCAGGAGUUUGAUGAACAAAGAAUUUCUAUAUCUCAGGCAGCAGUUGCUGAACUUUUAGAAAACAUUAUUAAGGACAGACGUUUAUCUCUGAAAGAAAAGAAGAAAAAACUUAAGCAGUUCCAGAAAGAAUAUCCACAGAUAUAUCGGAACAGAUUUCCAAACACCGAAAGUGAAGCCAUCUUGUUUGAAGACAAGCCCAAAAUUAAGCAGCCAAUGCUUAGUCUACGAAAGCCAAAGUUUCGUACCAUGAGAAAUUAAUUUAUACCAUUUGAAAAUUUUUGUUUGCUAAGCAACGUCUUUGAGAUAUGAAUAUCAUCAAUACAAACAACGUUUAAGUGAGCCAGUAAACACAAAUGUGAACUUGGUGAAAUAGGUUUGAGUUUCCAUUUUGUAACUUUAGGUAUGCAAAGAAUGGCAUCAGUAUUUACAAAUCAACCCAGCAACUUUGAACAGAUGCUCUUUGAAGUUUUUUAAAUGGGCUGCUACCAAGAAACUGAGAAUGAAUGCCGCUGUGUCUGCUAAUACUCUGGCCAAGAGUUAUCAGAUCUGUGCAAUUUCUGCUGAGGCCUAUAUUGGCAACUUGUGCACUUCUGCAUUGUGCACCUGCAAGACUCAUUUUCCCUUUGGGGGACAAGCCUAACCUUGGGAGCCUGGCCAUUAACUACAUGCACCCCUCUAUGAUUCCAUUCUGGUACCCACCUAACUGUUUGGCAAUACCACUUACAACUCCUCAGGUUUUCAGCCCAAAAUAUAACCAGGAAGACUAAGAAACAAAUGUUGUCAAAUUUAACAUUCAGAAUGCUGACUGCAGCUUCAUUCUGUCCAUUGAAAACUGUACCAAAGAAAAAAGUGCCACUUUCUCAGAUCCCAGGCAAGUUUGGUAUCAUUAGCUGAAAUCCUGUUGCUUAGCACAGUAAGUCACAGUUGGGCUUAUGCCCAUUGACUCAGUGGAGCUC